UCAAGAACAAAGCUAAACUUGGAAGGCGGGGCUCGUGCGAAUGAUGGCUUAUGUCGGAAACGCUGGUGGAGAGAGUGCGAGAGAAUGUCAGCACACGACAAUAAUACACCACCCAUUGAAAAUUUACUGGUCAGAGAGCGGCUUUUAGGAACAUCAGCCGACAUGCAGAACUCAGAGGAAUUUCAAGAUUUGCCCGUUCAUGAUGACUUUGAUCCGUUUGAAUCUUACACGGAAUUGCCCGAAGAAACCGUAGAUGCCAACUUGACCGCUCCCCCAGAAAAUGAAUGGUACCAUGGAUGUUUAGAUAGACAGUCGGCAGAGAUGCGGCUGCAUGCAGCGGAGAAACCGGGAAGUUAUCUGGUCAGAGAGAGUGAACGAAGGCCAGGCUCCUAUGUUCUAUCUUACCUAGGACAAAAAGGGAUUAACCACUUCAAAAUCACUGCUUUACUGGGGGAUUUCUACGUCGGUGGCCGAAAAUUCACAGCUCUUCCUCAGUUGAUAGGCUACUACACUCACAUAUCAAAUAUACUUAAAAAUGAGAGAUUACAAUUCCCUGUCCCUCCUCCGCCAGAGUCACAGCCAGUGGAUGAGAAAAAGACUGUUGUUGUUGCCCUUCUUCCGUACAAUAAAGUUCCCGAUACAGAUGAGCUAAGUUUCAGUGCAGGAGAAGUAUUUGUAGUCCACAAUGAGCUGGGUGGUGGCUGGUUGUGGGUUACAUCACAGAGGACGGGAGAAAGCGGCAUCAUUGUUCAAGACCUUGUUAAAUUUGUGGAAGGUGAAAUCGACCCUAAUGAGGGAAAAGUAUGGUUUCAUGGCAAUGUGUCUAAAGAAGAGGCGGCGGAGAUCCUAUGGAAAGACGGUGACAUUGGAAGUUUCUUGAUAAGAAACAGCGACAAGAACCCGGGUGAUUACUCUCUUUCGUUCCGCGGACCAAAGGCAAUCCAGAGGUUUCGAAUCCAGAAACAGCAGCGUCAGUACAUCAUGGGAGGCAGAAUGUACAACAGUCUGGAUGCUAUUGUGGACCAUUACAAGAAAGAAGAGAUAAUUGAUGGCUUCCGAUUAUUGGACCCCACUGCACCGAAGAAAUUCAAGAACCAGACGACGAGCACUGAGGACUCAUCACCGAUGGAUUAUGAAGAGCUACGGAGGAGAAGAAGCAGCGGAAUGGGACUUCACAUCAUGACAGGAAUGGCAGACUCUAUCAUCAAACAGGGACAUCUGAGCAAGAAAAGUCAAAAACACAAGAAAUGGAAAACCUACUUCUUCUUACUCAACUCGACAGAGCAACAUCUGUAUUACUUCGACAAUGACGCGCGUACCAAACCGAGGGGGCUGAUUGAUCUGGGUUAUGCUUCCGUCUAUGCUGUCCAUGAGAGUCUGUUUGCCAGACCCAAUUGUUUCCAGAUCGUCGUGAGGGCACUCAACGAUCUACAGGUCUUUUACCUCAACGCAGAGUCGCAUGAACUCGAAAAGGAAUGGGUCCAAGUGUUACGUUCGUGCUGCAGCAAGGCCGGGUGGACAACCCAGUCCCAACGAGGGAGUCGUAAACGGCGCGUCAAGCAACUCAAAUCGCUUCGUCUGCGAAUCCUGGAAGCGCAUAACAUCUCCAGUAAGCAGAUACCACAUGCUUACUGCGUGGUUUCACUCAACGAGGUCAAGGUGGCCAGGACACCCGUCCAACAGGCUCCAAACCCUGUGUGGGAUGAGGAAUUCUUGUUUGAUGAUUUUCCUGAUGAGAUUGAUUCAUUUACCAUUGAAAUAUGCAACGGUGCUAAGAGAGCCAAGUCCAUUCCUGUCUGUAGGACGUCCGUCCUGCUUGACCGUUUGACCAACGGAUCGGUGUCGGAUGAGUGGUAUCCACUCAUCUCUGCGGCAAAUCAGAGUAGAUCGGUGGAGAUGGGAUCGAUACGAGCGAGGGCGCAGUUUAUAUCGGAGACCCUGAUGCCUAUUGAGGAGUAUAGCCGAGUCAAGGAGCUCAUCUUUGAGGAUUCUGAGUACCAGAACAUCUUUGCUCUUGAAGAGGCAUGUGCGAAGGACAGAACCCAUCUUGCCAGUGUUCUCCUAGACAUCUUCAUGCAUCAGAGGAAAGAGAUCCCACUCCUAAAGAACCUCAACUCAAGAGAGAUUGAAAAAGAAGGUGAGAGAACAACCCUGUUCCGUUCCAACACCCUUGCCACAACAUUGAUGGAUAGGUACAUGAAGACCACAGCUCAGAAAUUUGUACAGCAUGCUGUAGGGGGAGUCAUUCUCAAAAUCAUGGAGUCAAAACAGUCAUGUGAGUUAAAUCCGCAGAAGUUUGAGAAGGGUGCAGAUGCAACAGAGAACCUGGAACAUUUACUAGGGUUCCUCAAGGACAUUAUUGAAUCCAUAUUCAGCUCGACCAAUGCUUGUCCAAGGGCAUUACGAUACCUGUGCGCUUGUAUUCAGAAUGAUGUGAAAGCAAAGUGGAAGGAUGACCCAGUCUUGCCUGCUAGGGCUGUAGGGGGAUUUAUAUUCCUCCGUUUGAUCUGUCCUGCUGUCUUGAACCCACGUCUCUUCAAUAUUGUAUCAGAGGCCCCAUCACCAGUAGCUAGUAGAACGUUGAUGAUGGUUGCCAAGGCGAUACAGAAUCUUGCCAAUCAGGUGGAGUUUUCUAAGGAGCCCUACAUGGAGGCCAUCAAUCCAUUCAUUGUCAUCAACAAGGGGAGGAUGAUUCACUUCUUGACUGAUCUCUGUCUUGUGAAUGGACCUCCCACACCAGGUGACGUACCACCUAUAGACCUAGCCAGGCAAUUAGCAGCCCUACAUCAACUCUGUGUCACUCAUCUAAAAGAACUCCAACAACUCAGUCAAUCACAGCCUAGUUUGAAGUAUCUCCUCGGUGUGACGGAAAUGCUGAACCAGAGGCGGAUCUAUUACGUUGGGCAGCAGGGCGCAAACCAGGGCUUUGGUACUAUGUCGUAACUUGCAGCUCUUGUGCAAUAUUCGGCUUCUAAGUUUUGAAAUGUCAAUGCUGUUCAUCGAGCUUCAUACAUUAUAAGCAUUAUGUUUACCCAUGUUUCAUUGUAAUGUUUCCCUGUCGUUCAAUUUAACAUUUAGAAUUAUAAUCCCUGAAGGUAACUCUUCAUGAAUAUGUAGUAAAGUUUAGGGUUAGGGGUAUGUUAGUCCUUGCCAUUGAUUAACUAGCAUAUUAUUCCAGAAUUGAUCAAAUACAAAAUCAUGUUUACAAAUCCAAAACAUAUGUAUUUAGAAAGAAUAAUGUAUUGAUAAUUGAGCUGAUUUGUUUUUAAUCUUUGAAUAACAGAUUUUUAAGGGGUUAUAAGAGCAGAUGUCUGUUAUAUAUAUAUUAAUCAAUUAUAUUGAUUUCAUUCAUGUAUGCUAUUGCAUUUAUAUUUAUUGUACUUGAUUUGAUAUUGUUAAAAUAAUUCAUAUUAAUUUUGUAUAUCUGGAUCUGUGAUUUUGUGAGUAAUUAUUAUAUUUACCCUCUUUUUUACAAACCCAUCGGCUGUUGUUAGUAUACCUGUUAUGCUGCAUGACUCUGUUUAUUUAAUUUUUUUUUAGACAGAUAUAUGACCAUUCAGAGGUAAUUGUCGAAUCCCGACUGAUAGCACUAUCAGUCACCAGGGGUGAUAGGUUAUGUGGCAUGUGAAUGCUCUUUUAUUGUGAGUAGAGAUUGAUUGCUAGUUGUGAUCUAUCACCACAUGUGAUCAUCAAUGUGCUAUGGAUAUUGUAUUGAGUGGUUGGAGCCUUGAUAGAUCAUGGACCAUGUCUCACAAAGGACCAUGUGCUACUGUGGGCUCGUUAUGGUCUAGUGGUUCUGACUCUCGCCUUUCAAACAGAGGGUCGUGGGUUCGAAUCCUAGCCAUGGCGCGUUUUCCUU